AGUUAUCAAACAACCUCGAAUCAGGAUGGAAGUGGAUCUCCUCUCGGCAUUCGCCGUUGGCUGCAUAGUUAUUCUAAUCUAUCACUAUGUUAGCCAAAAGUACCUCUACUUUCUGGCCAAACCAAUACCUUCUCUGAAGCCAACCUUUCUCGUUGGAAACAUCGGUGACAUCAUCUUCCGUACCAAGGAUGCACUAACGCACAUCAACGAGUUGUACUACGCUUUUCCCGAGUCCAAAGUCGUUGGAUUCUACGAGCUGACCAAACCGGUGUUCAUGCUCCGUGAUCCAGAAGUGAUCAAACAAAUUACCGUCAAAGACUUUGAUCAUUUUAUGGAUCGGUCCCUUCCAUCAGCUAACGAUCGCGCCGAUACCGACCAACCCGUAGAAGGCCUAUUUGCCAACUCCCUGGUUGCGUUCCAGGGCCAAAAGUGGAAGGACAUGCGAUCGACGCUGAGUCCGGCCUUCACCGGGAGCAAGAUACGGCACAUGUUCGACCUGGUGGCCGACUGUAGUCGAUCAAUGGUGGAACACUUCCGCUCGGAAGCGAACGCCGGUCGCCGAUUGGAGUGUGAGCUAAAGGAUGUGUUUUCGAGAUUUUGUAACGACGUGAUCGCAACUGUGGCGUUCGGGAUCCGGGUGGAUUCGGUGCGCGAUCCUGAAACCGAGUUCUACGUCAAGGGCAAGCAGUUGCUGGAUUUUCAAUCGCCGAAGAUCAUUUUGAAGUUUUUGCUGUUUCAAACCGUUCCGUGGUUGAUGCGCAAACUGAAGGUGGACUUUGCGGACGCCGACCUGGCUGACUACUUCAAGGGCAUCAUUCAGGACAAUAUGAAACAGCGGGAAGUUCACGGAAUUGUGCGGAACGAUAUGGUCCAGAUGCUGAUGGAGGUUCGGAAGGGUACUUUGAAGCAUAUCGGCGAUGAUCGGGAAUCCAAGGAUUCAGGGUUUGCAUCUGUUGAGGAGUCCCAUUUCGGGAAAUCCACCCAUUCGCGGGCUUGGACGGAUAAUGAGUUGAUAUCGCAAUGUUUCGUGUUCUUCAUAGCUGGACUUGAUACCGUAUCGUCCUGUUUGACCUUCCUGACGUACGAAUUAACGCUAAAUCCUGACAUUCAGAAGCGUUUGUAUGAGGAAGUCAUGGAUACGGAGCGACUCCUCUCAGAGAAACCUCUCAGCUACGAAGCUCUACAAAGUAUGAAGUAUCUGGAUAUGGUGGUGUCAGAAACGCUUCGCAAGUGGCCUCCGACCAUAGACACGGAUCGAUAUUCGACGCGAGACUACCUGCUAGACGACGGCGCCGGAUUGAAAGUGCCAAUUGAGAAAGGUCGUUCGAUCUACAUUCCUAUAGUGGCCAUCCAGAACGAUCCGAAGUAUUACCCAGAUCCGGAUCGAUUCGACCCGGAACGGUUUAGCGACGAGAACCGCUCGAAGAUUGUCCCGGGAACGUUUAUUCCGUUCGGAGCCGGCCCCAGAAACUGUAUUGGAUCGCGUUUGGCACUGAUGGAGGUCAAGGUGGCUGUAUAUUACUUGCUCAGGGAAUUUAGUCUGGAGAGGACGGAGCGCACCGAUGUGCCGAUUAGGUUGACCAAAAAGGCUAUUGAUUUGCGGACGGAGAAUGGAGCUUGGGUGGAAUUGAAACCACGAAAAAUAUAGUUUGUAGAUCUAAUUUUGCUAACUUAAGAUUGUUAACAUACCGUAGAAUAUAGAAGUAUCCAUCUAAGAAUAUUACCUGAAAGAAAAAGGAAAUAGGAAAAUUUUAGUUUUAGUUGGUAAAAUAAAUAAAUAUUUUUGACAUGAUA